AUGCACAGCUCCGUGUACCUCGUGGCUCUGGUGGUCCUGGAGGCGGCUGUAUGUGUUGCGCAGCCCCGAGGUCGGAUUCUGGGUGGCCAGGAGGCCAUGGCCCAUGCUCGGCCCUACAUGGCUUCAGUGCAAGUGAAUGGCACGCACGUGUGCGGUGGCACCCUGGUGGAUGAGCAGUGGGUGCUGAGCGCCGCGCACUGCAUGGAUGGAGUGACCAAGGAUGAGGUUGUGCAGGUGCUCCUGGGUGCCCACUCCCUGUCCAGUCCUGAACCCUACAAGCAUUUGUAUGAUGUGCAAAGUGUAGUGCUUCACCCGGGCAGCCGGCCUGACAGCGUUGAGGACGACCUCAUGCUCUUUAAGCUCUCCCACAAUGCCUCACUGGGUCCCCAUGUGAGACCCCUGCCCUUGCAACGCGAGGACCGGGAGGUGAAACCCGGCACGCUCUGCGAUGUGGCCGGUUGGGGCGUGGUCACUCAUGCGGGACGCAGGCCCGAUGUCCUGCAGCAACUGACAGUGUCAAUCAUGGACCGGAACACCUGCAAUCUGCGCACGUACCAUGAUAGGGCAAUCACCAAGAACAUGAUGUGUGCAGAGAGCAACCGCAGGGACACUUGCAGGGGCGACUCCGGCGGUCCUCUGGUGUGCGGGGAUGCGGUCGAAGCUGUGGUUACGUGGGGAUCUCGAGUCUGUGGCAACCGGAGAAAGCCAGGUGUCUUUACCCGCGUGGCAACCUACGUGCCGUGGAUUGAAAACGUUCUGAGUGGUAACGUGAGUGUUAACGUGACGGCCUGAGGGGACACCGGAGACCGUGACUCACAAUAAAUGCAUGCAUCUAA